UUAAACUUCUUUCAAUCUAAUUCUUCAAACAGAUUUUAUGCUGCUUGUGUAGUUCUUGGGUUGCAAUAUUUACAUGAACACAAAAUUGUUUAUAGAGAUUUGAAAUUGGAUAACUUAUUGCUAGAUACAGAGGGCUUUGUGAAAAUUGCUGAUUUUGGUCUUUGCAAAGAAGGAAUGGGAUAUGGAGACAGAACAAGCACAUUUUGUGGCACUCCUGAAUUUCUUGCCCCAGAAGUAUUAACAGAAACAUCCUAUACAAGGGCUGUAGAUUGGUGGGGCCUUGGUGUGCUUAUAUAUGAAAUGCUCGUUGGUGAGUCUCCCUUCCCUGGCGAUGAUGAAGAGGAAGUUUUUGACAGUAUUGUAAAUGAUGAAGUAAGGUAUCCAAGGUUCUUAUCUACAGAAGCCAUUUCCAUAAUGAGAAGGCUGUUGAGAAGAAAUCCUGAGCGGCGCCUUGGGGCUGGUGAGAAAGAUGCAGAGGAUGUAAAAAAACACCCAUUUUUCCGGCUAAUCGACUGGAGUGCUCUUAUGGACAAGAAGGUGAAGCCACCAUUUGUACCCACCAUCAGAGGACGAGAAGAUGUUAGUAAUUUUGAUGAUGAAUUUACCUCAGAAGCACCUAUUCUGACUCCGCCUCGAGAACCAAGGAUACUCUCAGAAGAGGAGCAAGAAAUGUUUAGAGAUUUUGACUACAUUGCUGAUUGGUGUUAAGUUACUAGAUACUGUGAAACCAAGCAGACUGACUCACAAGAAGACCUCUUAAAAAUAGUAACCCUUCAUUUGCUUUCUGUGCCAUCAGUAGCUUCUGAGUUUGUUUUUUAAAAAAAAAACACAUCAAGAUCUGUUUAAAAGUACCAUUCUAAUACCUUCUUGAAAAAUGGCUUCUCAGUGUAUUUCAACCUAAAUCUGAGCACUGGAAACAAUUUCGUGGAGUUUAAGCUGAAUGAACAUCGGCCAUGAAAAUCCACCACAGAUGAAUACUUUUGGAUCAAUAAUCUAUUUUUUUAAAAAAAGGAAAAAAAAACACUUUUUUAUAGUCCCUAGCUUUGCCAUAUGCCUGCGUUAAGUGGAAGGAAAAUUAAUCACUUAACUCUGUUUUUUCAAAAGAAAAAAAGGACUUGGAAUGCUAUUAUUGUUCACACAGAGUAUGAUUGAAUAAGGCACAUGCUCUUACUUUUUUUUAAAGAAACUACUAUAAUCUCAAAAAAUGUAGUGGCAGUUCAGGGCACAUUUUUGGGCUUGAUUUUUAAAAAAACAGGAUGAAUUGAUGUCUUGUUUUAUAAAUUUUCUAUAUUUAUUAGGAGAAAACUUCUUAUGACUUCUCUUUACCAACCAUGUAACAGAGCCUCAUAGCUUUUCAACAGAGCUGCUUGCCAAACAAUUGUUUUGUUUCUGAAACAGCUAAACUUCAGCAUUUACUUAAUGUUAAGAAUGAGAACUUUUCAUCAACCUGAACCAAGAUACUGUGUUACCUGUAUGCAUUCCCGAAGUCUAGACACUCAGUAUGUUCAGUCAUGUCUUCUUCCAAAAUCAGUGAACUGAUUACCCUUUUUUGGUAUUCAUUCUGCAUUUAUCAGCCUCAGUUCAUCUUUUGUGUCUGCUGUAGAGGGAACUUUGUUAAACCAUAGGGAUGAUAAUUGUAUACAUGCUGUGAACAUGUAUAUGUGCAAGUUGUAAUGUAUUCUAUGUUGUAGGCGUGUUAUUUAAUUUCACCACUUCAUCACUUUUGUACAGUGGCCAAGCAGACACCUCAAACUCCAGCAUUUACAUUAAGUGCAUUUGUAUAUUUUAGGCCACUGGAUCCAGAUUUUAUAUUGGCAGUUACUGAGGGCAAAAGCAAUAUAUUGUAACAGAAUGUAUAAAUAUUUUUGAUAAAACAGUCUAUAUUUUAUAAAAAGUUAUUAUAACACUAAAGCUGUACCUCAAAAGUCUCAAAAAUAAUUUGAUCAAAUACUUUUUACAACUCUUCAGAGGAUCCGUCUGUGGCUUUUUAUAUAUACUCUUACAGGGAUGUCUUUUUGCGAACCAUGACUUUCUAUUUGCCUGUAGUUUUUUUGUGUGUUUUGUUUUAUUUUGUUUUUGUUUUUUUUCCUCCUAGUCCAUGACUUCUUUGGUUUUCUUUUCUUUUUUCUUUUUUUUUAGUUGAAUAAUAACAUCUUUGAUCCUAUGCUUAGCAUGUUAGGGUCAUUAUACCUCAGGAAUAGCAAACUGUUAACUAACCGUACCAAAUUAACCGUGUAAUCACAGUGAGCUCAUCUCUUAAAAAUAGUUCAAGUUUAAAUCUUUUCUGAGAAACAUGAAAAAGCACACCAAUUUAUGGAGAGUUGAGCUAAAAAACAUUUAUAAAUAUUCUGCCUUGCUGGGAUGUUUUUUAUUAUACUCUGAAAACAAUUAAAAUUAUGCCGAGAUCAUUCAUACCUUCCAAAUUGAUUAUUGUCCAAGAACUUUUGGGAGAAAAUCUUGUAGAAAGAGGGAACAGUAUGUUGUCUGAAGUUAUUUUAACAUGACAGUUAACUUCCUUGGCAAAGGACGACAGAGGAACUUAGCUUAGUUGUCUGACUUUAAUUUAAACAGUGUUAAUACAAUAUUAAAACACUAAAUACUUUUGAGGUACAGUCUGCUCACCUUUUCUGGUUCUCAAAUAUGCAAAUAAAGCAAUGUCUAAAAUAGGCUUUUAGCAUUAAAAACUGACAUAGCAUUUUGUAACUACACAGUGUACAGAAAUUUUUUUAAUUGAAGUCAAUCACUAAAAAAAUUAGAGGGCAGGGUAUAUCACACAAGCUGAAGAAAGCACUAAUUUUUUCUGUAGUUUUUAAAAUAUAUUUUAGAUUAAAAAUUUUUAAGCUUUAUAGAAUGUAAAUAUAUUUUGCUAUUACUGUAUGUGUAUGUGACUGUUCAAGCACUUUGUAAGGAAGCUAGGAUAUUUUAGAAUGGUACACUAUGCAUUCAAAUGAAAUGUGCCUUUGACUUUGUCCUUCUAAGAAAAAAGUGUUUUGCAGUCAUAAAUUACCACAAAUGCACAAAUUAAAGUUUAAGUAGAUUGAAAUUUGUAACUUUGGUUUUAAGUAUUAUUUCCUCUUAGAAACUUCCUACUAGUUAAAAUACGCUUUAAUUAUAUUUUCUAUGUUCAAAAUCUCAAAGACUCAUUCACUUGAGUUAGCCUUCUUGCAAGU